GAACAAUUUACCAAAAAAUCAGAUAGACAUAGUGAAAUUACUCCACAAAUCUGAUAAACCAGAAAAUGGGUUGGAAGUGGACAACUUAAUUGAUCAAACCCAGAGCUGGAAAAGCCAAAAUUCUUCAGAACACACCUGUUGAAGAGAAAAACAAGAAAUUCCCAGAGAUGGGUUUUCCUUUUCUUUUGGAAUUGAUUCUGGUGGAGAAAAAACUGACGGGACUUUUGACACUUUGUGGACUGAAAUCAGAAUCCCAAAUCUUGUCAAACUCAAAUUCAAUCGGUCUUGAAGUUGGGGAAAAUGGUUGAAUGGAUGAUGGGAAGAGGAGGAGAGCAAUAAAGAGUCAAUAAUUGGGAGAAAAAGUGGAGAAUGAGAGCCCAUAAAAAUGAUGUGAUGAUGAAGCUAAACCGCCCUCUCUCGCAAUCCAUUUCUGACUUCGUGGCUGCAAAAAGCUCAUGAAUUCCACGCCUCAAUCAGCUCCCUGUUAGGGUUUCAUUUUCCCGCGAUCUCGAUUUCUCGGGGCAUAUCCUCUGGCUCUCUUUCAUUUCCCUUCCAAGACUCAUUUUUUGGCGAAUUCCCCGAUUCAAAAUCCUGAAGAGCUAGGGUUCCGAGCCUUUUGGGGACAAAUUUGCAUUGGGGGUCGCGAGUAGAGAUGUUCUAUGGGGCGGCCGUGUGGGAUCCUUGGCUCAUUGUUGCCCAAAUCGUGUGCCUUCAGUGCCUGUACUACUUGACCAUGGGGAUAUUCAUGGCCGUUUUAGUGGGAACUCGGGUGUCCCGAUUGAGCCUUGUGUAUUUCUUUGAUUACGGCAGUAUCACUGCUGCUACUGUCACCGGCUGGUGUGUCAUUGCUUCGUUUAUUCUCAGCUCAAUCGUGGGGGCUGGAAUCUUGGUAUAUCUGAUUGAGAGAGCCAAAAAGUGCUUGGAUUUUUCUGCCACCUUAUACAUCAUUCACCUUUUUAUAUGUAUUGCAUAUGGGGGUUGGCCUUCCUCGUUAACAUGGUGGGUUGUGAAUGCUACUGGGUUUGCAAUAAUGGCAUUGUUGGGUGAAUUCCUGUGCAUACAACGUGAAUUGCGAGAAAUUCCUAUACCAAGAUACCGUCCAAAUAUUUAAUUUCCCAAAUCUUCAAAGGCAAUGGACAAAUUGAGUAUGCCAGCAACUCUGAUUUCCCAUGGAUAUGAUUCUCCAAAGAAGAAUGUGAAAUGGUUUGAAGCUUAUAUGCAAAUGAUGAUAUGCUUUCCAUGGCUAUAAGGCUAUCAAACAAACAUGAUGAUGGAAGAGAAGGUACACAUGGGGAUCGGGUGAAAGCGUUGAAUUUAAACUUGAUUUUUAGUGUCAGUAAAUAUUUGUUUCUUUUUCAUCAAUGGUGAUGCUCUUUUCUGCAAAAUGCUUAUAGUGUUCAAGUACUUCACGAAAUGGCAUACUUUUUGUUGCCUCGCUUGCAAUGGGUGCUAAUGUUGUCACUCCCAAACUUGAUAUUGCUACUCCAUUUUGCUAAAAUUUGUUCCUUGAAACAACGUUGGGAGUGCCAAUACAAAGUUUGCCGAGUGAUCAUAUCAAUUCCCCAUUGCAAGAUAUGUUGGCGGUUUGCGUGUUACACGUUGCUUUUGAUGUUGCAUUCAUUGCCAAUGGAGCUUAAAGAGUCAAAAUCAAAAUGACACAUUAAA